CAACAAAAACCAAAACAACGUGCGCUCGUUCGCGGUUCGUUUCGCAAAUUUCCGUUCCUCAAAAAAACCGCGAGUGCAAUCCCCGGUCGGCACGAUGAAGAAUCUGUACCGGCUCGCCACCCAGAGUGUCCCCCUCGGGUCGGACCUUCCGCUGACCGCGUCCUCGCUUUUCGUGGUCGAUUCCAACAACAGUGCCGUUCUGUACGUGGCAUCCGCGGAUUCGUCGGAUUACGGUGUGUUCCGGGUUGAUCGGUCCGGUUCGACGGUAGCGGCUCGGUUGGUGUCGGUUCCCGGGGAGAUUGUGGGUCUGGAACAUUUGGCGCUGAGCGAUGAGCUGUGCUUGGCGACGGCGGCCGGGGAAGUUAUGGUGGUGAAGUUGGCGGGGGAGGACGGGGGGAGGGAACCGGAAGAGGUCACCUUUUGCGGUGGGGGGUUGGAGGCCAUGGGGUGGAGCCCGGAGCAGGAGGUGGUGGUGUUUGUGGAUUGCACUUUGAACGUGGUCACGAUGAACAGCGCGUACGAUCCGAUCAACGAGGUAUCGCUGCAGGAGGACACUUUCGGGGAUCGGGAGUUUAUGAGCGUGGGUUGGGGCAAGAAGGAGACCCAGUUUCACGGGUCGGAGGGGAAGGGAGCGCGUACGAAGAAGGAUGAACCGGUGGAGGUGGAUUUGGGAUCGCUUGAUCGUCGAGUGAAGAUCGGCUGGCGCGAGGACGGAGAGUUGUUUGUGGUCGGGUUUUUGGGUCCGUAUGGGAGGGCGUUCAAGGUGUUUAGCAAGGAGGGCGCGCUGCAGUUUACCUCGGAGAAGUGCUGCGGAUUGGAGGUUGCGCUAGGGUGGAGACCUUCCGGGCUGUGGAUCGCGACUCCGCAGGUCUUGAAGGACAAGUACGUGGUGGCGCUGUUCGAGAAGAAUGGGUUGAAGCAUCGGGAGAUUGAGUUGCCGUUCAAUCGCGCUGAAGAAGCUGUUGAAGGUCUUCACUGGAGCAACGACUCGGAAGUGCUGAUCGUUCGUACCUUCAAGACUUCUUCGGUCAAAAGUUGCCUGUAUUUUUACACGAUCGGCAACUAUCACUGGUACGUGAAGCAGUACCUGGAGUUUGACAAGCGCAUCCUCGGAGUUCAGUGGGAUGCAAAGUACUCGGAAGGUCGGACGCUGCACGUCCUGCUGGAGAACGGCCAGUACGAGGUUUCCCGUUGGGACUUUGCCGUCGAUCACUCCACAGGUCAAGGGAGAAGUGACGAAUCGCUGGUCGCCGUGAUCGAUGGAUCGCAGGUCUUGCUGACCAACUUCCGAGGGGUCGUUGUCCCUCCGCCAAUGUGCGGUUUUACGCUGAAAAGCGAUCGCCAAAUCAACGGUGUUGGAUUUCUGCGAAAUCCAGAAGGCCCCUGGGAUUCCAAUUGCUUUUUCGUGGUUGAUUCUACCAACAAGAUCACCUUCUACCAACCGGAGUUCACUGAAGGGACUGUUCGUCGACUUGCUGGUGUAAAAACUCUUCCAAAAGACCUCGAACUCGGUCCCGGAACCUUCUCGCACUGGUUGUGGCUCCAAAACGAUCUGUUGAUCGUCGCCGAUGGCUCCAACUUUGUCAAGAUUUUCAAGAUCGUCGAAACCAAGCUCGAGCUGCAACUCUCGCUGGAGAUCGGAUCGCCAGGCGAUCGUAUCGGCUGCAUCGAGUCGGUCAGCGGCAACGCCGCACUAAUCGAACUCCUGACCGGUCAGACGUUCAAGCUUACCCUGGAACGCGGCAUCGGACUCGAGGAGUCCACCAAACUGCCCGAGUUCUGCGAGCAGCUGCGAGUUCAUCCCUCCGGAAAGAUCUACUCGCUACGAAAUCGUCAAAAUCUGUACGCCAACGGCGUGAAGAUCGCAUCGGACGUAACCUCGAUCUUCCUGACGGAACGCUACAUGCUGUUUACCACGAUCGCCGAGUUAAAGUUUGUGGACGUGGCGAACGGUGACGCGAUCGUCGGUGAUCGUCGCGUCGAGCGCGGCUCCAAGCUGGUGGUGGUCGUGCCGAAGGCGGCCCGCACCGUGUUUCAGCUUCCGCGGGGGAACUUGGAGGCGAUCACGCCACGGGUGUUGACACUGUGCCUGGUGGCGGAACAUCUGGACGGGUUGGAGUACCACAAGGCGUUUGAUAUCCUGAGGAAGGAGCGGAUCAACUUGAACUUGAUGGUUGAUCACAACCCGGGGUUGUUCUUGGAGAAUCUCGAUCGCUUCCUGAAGGAGAUCACCAACGUCAACUGGUUGAAUCUGUUCAUAAGCGAUCUUCAGAACCAGGACGUGUGUCGGGAGAUGUACGGCAGUAACUACGCAGGCCGGGAGGUUCCCGCGAUCGAUGGGUACUCGGUUGAGACCAAGAUCGAGCAGCUCUGCGAUCGCUUCCUAGUAGCAAUGAACAAAGCAGAGUCCAACGAAGCUUACAUCCUGCCCAAGAUCACCUGCUACGUCAAGAAGGGACUGCUCGAGCAAGCCCUGCAGGUCAUCUGGGACCUCAAAAAAUCCCAACACCAAGAAGGAGCCGCCGAAGAAGCCCUCAAAUAUCUGCUCUACCUCGUGGAAGUCAACGACCUGUACAACGUAGCCCUCGGAAUGUACGACUUUGGACUCGUCCUCUUCGUCGCAACCAAGUCCCAAAAAGACCCCAAAGAAUAUCUCCCCUUCCUGAACGAGCUCAAACGCUUCGACGAAGACUACCGCAAGUUCCGCAUCGAUUGCCACCUGAAACGGUUCGAGAAGGCCAUCGAAAACAUCUCCCGCUACGCGGACGACGAGCCCAAGUUCCAGGAAGCGCUCCAACUUACCAUCAAACACGGACUCUACCCGAAAGCGAUCGUCGCCUACCGCAGCAACGCAGCCUACUACCGGCGAAUCUGCGCCAGCUACGGUGACCACCUCCGACAGAACGCCAAGCAGACGGACGCCAGCUUGAUGUACGAAAAGGCCGGAGAUUACGCGCAAGCGAUCGCAUCCGCCCGGAACGCCGUCGAUUGGGGCCGCUGCCUGCGACUGGCCCGGCUAGCCGGCUACGCCGAGGACGAGCUGCGACGACUUGUGCAAGCGUUGCUUCCGGCCGUGCAGGAAGCGGGCGAGUAUCGCGCGGCUGCGCGAUUAGCUAAAGAGUACUUGAAGAAUGAUCGGCAAGCGGUAGAAAUCUUGCUGAAGGAUCACCUCUUCGAGGAGGCGCUUCUCGAAGCCGACCGAGACCUCGUUGACAAAGUUAUUCUUUCAAAUCUUGACGAAUAUCUGCAAACGCUCAUCCAGAAGCUUCAAUCGGAAAAGGAAGAGUUCUUGAAGCACAAGGAUCGCCUGCUUGCGGUGAGGGUGGAAAAGGAAAGGAGGAAGGCGGAACCGCACCACGACGAGGAGGACGGUCGGGACGUGGAGGACUGUGAUCUGUACUCGGACGUGUCGACGGUGGCCUCGUCGAGGCAUACGAGCAGCUCGGGACGGUCGGGCAAAUCCCACCGCUCGAGCAAGAACCGCCGCAAGCACGAGCGCAAGCUGCUCAGUCUGAAGCAGGGCAACCCGUUCGAGGACAUUGCCCUGGUGGACGCGCUCCACGUGCUCGUCCUUCGAAUCUGCGGCCCCGACCGGCAGCACCACAUUCGGUCCGUGUGCAAGGUGGCCAUCGAGCUGGACCGACUGGGGGAGGCAAAGGCGGUUCAGCGGGACUAUGGGGCGCUGUUUGGACUGGUGAGGUACUCGCUGGACGCGAUCUGGAUCCCCGAGAUGGUCGUUCCGGGCAGUGGUCAGGAUGUGGAAGCGACGGCGCAGCUGACGGGGGAUUUGACGCAGGUGCAGAACGUGCAGCACUACGCGAUGAUAAAGCCUUAUCAACGGUACAAGCCAGAUAUUCAGAGCAUAUCGUGGCAGUUUGAAGUGCUGAAGUAAGAAAAAGUCCUUGAAGCUGUUGAUUAUUGGAAAUAAUUACAAAAGUUACGAAUAAGUUUAAAGUGAAGUGUA